CAACAACUACAAAUAAUUCUUGAAUCAGUCUUUUGACAUUGGUUCGCACCAUUCGAGAAUUCUGAUAUCUCCUGAACUUCUGCUACAUAGGUCGAGAAAGAAUCUGUGUUGCCCCAUACUCUCCUGGACCUCGGCAUUGGACUUGGGGAUUACGUCGGCUGUUAUACGCCUUCGUCGACCUCGAACGCCGUGUUCGGCUGGAAAUGGAGGGUUGGUGAAUGCUCGGCGUUGAAUCCGAUCGUAAAGAAGUCGCCAUAUCGCUUGAAGUCCCUUCUUGACCAUUGCUUGAUAUAAUAUCCCCCAGAGUUCUCCUUACACACCCUGAACAUGUCCUCCAAAUACUUCCAGGUCCAGGUACAUUCCGUACCAUGUCAACAUAUCCGCGGAUACCCGCACGCCGCAAUUAAAGAUGAUGAGAUAUGCCACCUCCAUGUCAAGCAAUACACCCCGUUGGAUAACCUCAAGCCACAACCUGGGGAUUUGACCAUCAUUGGCGCCCACGCAAAUGGCUUUCCAAAGGAGCUGUACGAACCGCUAUGGGACGAGCUCCUCAAGAGAGCCAAAGCAGCCAAUAUCCGGAUCCGAAAUAUCUGGGCCGCAGAUGUUUCGCAGCAGGGGUAUAGUGGUGUCCUGAAUGAAGGCAAACUGGGCGAUGAUCCGUCAUGGUUCGACCACAGCCGAGACCUACUUGGCAUGGUGAACCACUUCCGAAAGGAGAUGCCUAGGCCUAUGAUGGGCAUAGGCCAUUCGAUGGGCGGAUGCCAGCUCACAAACCUAGCACUGCUGCAUCCACGUCUGUUUGAAUCACUGAUCCUCAUUGAUCCCGUCAUCCAAGCGUACUCCUCGUCAUCAGGAAACUACCAGCCAGCCAACGCUUCUGCCGGGCGAAGAGACCGGUGGCCGUCGAGAGCAGUCGCAGCCGCGUCAGUGAAAAAGAGCAAAUUCUACGGCACCUGGGACCCACGGGUUCGCAAUCUAUGGAUCGAGCAUGGUUUCCGAGAGCUCCCAACCGUCCUCUAUGAGGAGACCCCUACGGCAGAGCGAACGCUGAAGCACGUCGCGCCGACUACGGUCGAGCCAACCCUCACGCCUCCGCCGCUGCCCGAGAAGGAAGUGACGCUGACCACGACCAAACAUCACGAGGUAUUCACGUUUCUAAGACCAAAUUUCGGUCCAAAUACACCCCAAGUCCACGGAUCAUACACGAAAAUCGAGAAAGCCGACCCCAGUUGGAAUCGCUUAACACACCCCGACAUCACCCCCACCGGCAUGCCCCAAACCCCCUUUUAUCGCCCGGAGCCGAUCAUCACCUACCACAACCUCCCGCACCUCCGUCCCAGCGUGUUCUACGUCUUCGGCGAUGAAUCCGCACUGUCGGCCCCAGAGUUCCGGGACCAGAAACUGUCCAUCACUGGCGUUGGUGUUGGAGGAAGCGGGGGGGUAGCGGAGGGGCGGGUGGAUCACGUCAUCUUGAAGGAUACCGGGCAUUUGAUUCCGAUGGAGAAAGUUGGGGAAACGGCGGAUCGCGCGAUGGGGUGGAUAGGGAAGGAGGUGGCUCGCUAUCGCGUGAUCGAAGAGGCGUCGCGGAGGGAGUGGGAUCGGUUGUCGGAUGGGGAGAAGAGGACGAUGAGCGCCAGGUACCUAGAUAAGAUGAUGGGUCUCGUUAAGCGGAAGCCAAAGCUAUAGAGCUGCUUUACCCUUCAUUGAGUUUCGCUGUAUGCGGGCACAGUCUAUCGUAUUAGUCGGCUUUCGCGAUAUGUCAAGCAGGGCAUACGAGUAGGAUACAUAUCGAUAUACAGUUUAGACGGUCCAAAUCUAUUAUACCUACUGCCAACGUCGUCUAAAGUAUCCAAGCGAUGAGUCUAAGCCCUACCAGCCUUCCCAACCUGGUAUAUCUCCCCUUUACUCGCAUCUCCCUGCCGCAGCCCUGGCCAGGCUGCCGGCUCCUUCUUCUUCAGCACCAUCUCCACCUUCGACGGCCGGAUGCUCACCUCGCACUCCUCAGGCACCACCUCCGCAAACAGCGCGACCGUCUCCCGAUACCGCUUCCCAUCCUCCGUGAUCAAAUCCAACUUCAUCUCCUCCCCCGUGAA